AUGUGUAAAGAAAUUUUGAAUAUUCUCAAAGACUUGACGCUUUUAAAACAGUAUUGCAAAAAGAAAACGGAUCUUUUAGCUAUUCUACAAUCAUGCAAAGUGAAAGAAUAUGACGAAAUUUGGCACUCAUUGCAUAAAAUACUGGAAGAAAAUACAAAUACUGAUAAACUGAUUUACGAUGAAGAGAAUUCAAUUUUACUUUUCAGGGAAGAAAAUGAUAGACAAUAUCUAUUGGCAUGUAUAAAUUUCAUUUUAAUAUAUUUGCAACAUCUGACUAAUGGUGAAAAGAAGAAGAAAAAGCACAUAAAAUUGGACCCCACUUUUUGCACCAUUUAUUGUAAAAUCAUUGAAAUUCAAUUCAUGCUAAGCGACAAAGAUGUGAGAAUGUCCUUUGGCAAAUGUCUAUUCCAGAUAUGCGAAUUAAAUUUAGAAGAAAAUGAAUUUUUGGAACAUGUGAAAAUAAACCUGUUGAUAUUCUUAUUAUGGAAAAUGGCUUCUUCAGAUGGAAAGUGCUCAGAUAUUAGUAAACUCAAAAAAUACAAAGAUUUUUGCAAGUACAUAAAAUGGGGAGUGUCAGAAAGGUCUACCAAUUCGUUUUACGUGCUCUGCUCCUACUCUCUGAAUCUUCCCAAGUUUUAUGAAAACGCUGAGGGGAAAUUCUUUUUGUCUCAUGUUUGGUCUCAAAACGAAAGCAUAGCAUCUCACCUUUUUAACAAAUUUGUACACAACACAGUAACCCUGUCACAUGACAGUAUCAUUCACUAUUCUCAAAUCAUUUAUGAGUCAUGGAAGAACUGUUCGGGAAAAAUGAAAGAGAUAAUAGAGAUCCAAAUUGAGCACCUUGUAAAUUUGGCCCUAAAAUGUCCAAUUAAGAUCGCUGCUCGUUUCAGGAGUUUGCUGAACAUUUUUCACAACAAUAAGGGGGACAAGAAUAUCAACAAUUUAAUAUUCAAAAUUUACGAGCCGGUUAUAUGGAGAAGUCUAAUGUCGCCUAAUUGGAAACUUCGCUUUAACGCGACAUGCAUUUUUCAGCUGAUUUUCCCUGUGGUGGACCCGUGCAUAAAGAACAUAAACUAUCUUUCCUCAAUGGAGAAAGCUUACCAGGUCCUCUUUGAAUUGGCUGAGGAUGGAAAUGCCUGCGUCUUGCAAGCCGUAGCCAAGUGCAUAUGCUAUAUCCUGAAUGAACUAUGGGAAAUGAUAGUCGAAGACAAAAGGUCUGCACUCAUGGAAAUACUCAUUAACAAAUUUUUAAAAGAAAAAUGUUACGAUAAUGUAAAAACAGAAGUUGUGCUAGGUUUUUGUGAAAUGGCGAGAAAUAAAAAGAUAAAUAAAAUUUUUAUAAAAAUAUUUGAUAGAAUAAAAUAUCUCAUUUGUGAUAAAUGCUUAAGAGUAAGAAAAAAUUUUGUCCUUUUGGUGUUAGAGCUGAAUAAAAAUUUGAAUGAAAAUUUUUCAAAUCAAAUUGAUUACAAUGAAUUGACAAAAAGGAUAACAAAAGACUUAUUUACUUAUAAUAUCCAGUUGUGUAUAAAAAAAAUGUCUUAUUCGAAACAUGGACAUCAUGAGAAAAUGAAAAAUAAAGAAAUUUGUGAAUUUUUAAAAUUAUCUACAAAUUUAAUCACAUAUUCUAUGUGGAAAUCUACCAUAAAACAACAAGCAAAGUUGUGUAUAAAUCUACUAAAUGAUUAUCCAGUACUAAUGAUUUGUAUAAGUAAAUUUGCUACAAAUUUGGAGCUCAUACAAAGAUAUAAAUUGUCUUCUGUUCUAUUUGAAAUUACUAAUCUUAAAUUGAGAGAAGAGGGGAAUUCUGCUUUCCUUGAAAAGACAAACACGCAUCAAACGGAGCUCAGCACGGAAGAGUUAGUCUCCCUUCCAGACACUAAUGAUGAUACAACCAUAACGGAAGAAAACAGAAAAAGAGUUAAGAAUGGAUCCACUAAAUGGAUGAAAGAAUUUGUACAGAAAUUGUCUGCACGUUUUCCCCAAGUACACGAUUCAAAAGAAAAACUUAAAGAUCCAAACUUAAACAGAAAAUAUGUGAAAUACUCAUGUCUGCUUCUUUGUGUGGCGUAUCUAUUAAAACCAAAAAACGAGGAAGAAAUCGAAAUAUGCAGAUCAGAAGAAAUUGAAAAUUUUGUGAAAAGUAAAUUUAGAGAAGAAUAUUUUGUGGAUAGUAUAAACACAUUAAUGCAGCAGUAUUAUUUUAAGAUACUUAAAUAUGUUAAUCUGAAUGAGGACAAUUAUAGAGUGAUACAUAAGUAUGGUCAGAAGGAAUUAAAUUCUUUAUAUACACUUAAUAAUGAACAUGUAUGUGCAAAAUAUAUUAUUCCCCUAUUUUACAAGUGGGGUUUACUUGAUUCGUUUGUUUCGAAACAUAUGAACGUUUUAAACAUCUCAAUUGAAUCUAUGUUGUCUUAUACUUGUAAUAACUCAGCAUCUGGAUCGAACACUAAAGAGAAUUGCUUUGUUCAUGUAUACAAUACCUUUCAAUCUGUCACAAAAAAUUCACCCGAUACUUUUUCCCUUGGAAGAGUAACGAUCUUAGAGGGAGAAGUGGAUAGCAACAAAAAAGAUGGCUCCUUAGAAGAUAAGAAAGAAAAAGAAAUUUAUAUAAAUAAUGAAAAAGAACUAAAUACAUUGAUUUUUUUUUCACUUAUAGUUAAGAAGAAGAAAUAUCAUCAUAUAAUAUUGAAACCAUUCCACAACAUUAUAUAUAAUUUUGUUCUAAAAUUUAAUUCUUUUCUUUUACACAUUUUUGAAAAAAUAUCACUCAAUGAAUUUCAGUUACCUCUUCAUUUUAUAUCACCUCACUAUGAAGAUAAAAAAGACGAAACAAUUUUGCAGUAUGUGUUGUAUGAUAGAAAUAAGAUAAGAGGAUAUAUGUUUUUAUACAUUUCUUUUUUUUUUCUUUUAAAUUCUUCGAAGCAAAAUGAUUUUUCUUACGAAUGGGAUACAUUAAUUGAGAACACUUUGAGGAGUAUUCAUUUCAUUAGUUCUAUUAAAUUUAAAAACGAAAUUGAAAUUGUUACCUGUGAAAAAUCGACAAGUUAUCACACAGAAUAUCACAAUAAUUUCAUUGAAAAACGGACCAAAUGGAAAACUUAUAUAAAUAGGAUCCUUCAUUUCUUUAUAUACUUCCUAGAUAUGAUCGAAUACACAAUCGCAAUGAAAAUGAUACUCGUUGAGGAUCUUGAUUUUAAUGAUUUAGUAAAGAAUAUGUUUAUGUUCUACAAAUGUUACGAACUUGUUUGGGUAUGCAGAAUGGAGGGAAAAGACGGAUGUUUAAAUGAAGGAGAAAAUGAAUCUGAAGAGAAUGAGGGAGUUAGAGAGAUGUACUUGAAGGUUUGGAGUAGAAUAAGCGAAUUUCUUCUAUUCAUAUUAAAUUUUGAUUACUUUGCAAAAAAAACUGAAAUGAAGUUGUCCAUAUUACAUACGUUUUUUUCAUUUACGUAUGAAUUUGUUCGUAAGGAAGAUAUAGAACGGGUUAUCAAUAAAUAUGCAAUUUUAGUUAAUGAAAAAGAAAUAUUUUUCAGUUUUAUAAAAAAUUACAAAAAAAAUAUGAGCACAACAAGCUACAUGAAAGAAGGGCAAAUAAAUUAUAUUCAAAACAUUUUAGACAAUAUUUUAAUGCCAAAGGAUAAGACAAAAAAAGGAUCCACCUAA